CGUUGCAAUGGCAGGGACGUGUUGCAAAGAAGACAUGGACCUGUCUGCUGUCAUGAAGGAACAUCUGACAUGCAGCAUCUGUCAAGACAAAUAUAAUGACCCGAGAGGCCUCCCAUGUCAACAUGCAUUCUGUUACGAAUGUCUGAACAACCACAUUAUUGCCACUGUUGAAGAAAAAAGAAGCUUCAAAUGCCCACUUUGCCGAAAAUCAACACGACCAAAAAAUCCAAGCAAAAGAAAAGAGACCUGGGCUAAUCAAUUCAAACACGAUUUCAAGCUGACAAAUAUACUUGAGGGUUUGCAACCAUAUGUCCCUGAGGCCACUUCAGGGAGUGGGACAGUUGCUGGGACAUCAACAGCAGCAGCAUCGUCAGCAGCAGCUUCAGUGGCAUCGCCCUCGGACAUGCCAACUUCCAGGAUGCCCAGACCCAAAAUGCCACCUUUACCCGAGCUGAGGCAGGAACCACGGCAAGUGCUAGUUGGAACAAUUCAGAAUAUUGCCCAUACCGAACGUAACGAACAGAUCCAACAUCAUGAUAUCCAGAGUAGCUCCAUACCGCACACAGAUGAUGCAAACGCCUUGCAAGAAGCCAGUUGUGACAAGAGCAACCGUGCAAUUUUGGGAUCCGUUGAGACAUGUAUCCCCCUUGCUGCUGGGGAUCAGGUUAGCUAUGACCUCAAGGUUCUUGUUCAGGGCAAGAAGAGAAUAAUACUGACCCCUCAUGUUGAGGCGAAGAAACUUCUUGCUAUAACACUUAAUCCAAAAAUGGAAGAGGUCAGCAGAUGUUCCCUUGACCUUGAUGCAACACCUAGUCGCAUAUGCAAGAUCGACAACAACGUAGUGGCCAUAACAACGUCAGAUCCAAAUACAAUUGCACUCUAUAGAAUGGAGGAUGAGCUUCUCUUUCAAAAUCGAAUUCAAACGAAGAAAAGCUAUGAUGGAAUUGCAUGUUUGGAAGAUGGGCUAUUUGUAGUGACACAUCUAACAGAUGUUGACUUCAUUGACUUUGAGGGUAAAGUACUGGCCGAGCACAAAAUCACAACGCCCAAUGUGUUGAGACCAGACAAUUGUUAUGUCUCUGUCACUCCAGGUGGGGAAAUAAUCACCACUGAUAUUUCUGGAAAUACCCUGUCAUGUCUUAAACGGAACGGUAAAUUGUUUUGGCAGAAGAAGAAGAAGAAGAGGAAGAGUUAUGAAUACCCAAUGGGAACUGCUGUCGACUCCAGUGGUGCCAUUUUCUUGGCUGAACAUAACUUCGGAACAAUUUUGCAGCUGGACAAAUUGGGUUCAGUGGUUGGUAACGUUGUGGAGAAAUCAGAGCGAUUCAGAAAGCCGUCCGCCAUUGCUUUAGACAACACAGGGUAUAUGUUUGUAAUUUGUGACUAUAAUUUCGUUGCUGUUGUGAAGCUAUCAGACCAUAAUUCGUAGAACAAACAUGGUUAUUCAUACUCUGCAUCACAACAUUGAUUAUGAUACUCUUUUCGCUGUGCAUGCUCAGGCAGCAGAGAAGCUGAAUUGAAACUUUCCUUUGAUACGUUCGAACAGAUUCAUUGAUGGUGAAAGUCAUUUGACCAAGGAUACAAUCAAUAAACUUGAGACACUUCAACGACGCUUAAACAGUAUUUCAGUUAUAGCACGGGUGUCGGCUUAAUGUUGCAGGAAACAUCGAAGUGAAGCAAAUGACCAUCAUGGUCGAUACGCCUGGGAUCAAAUCAGGGCGAAUCAAUGUCCAUUUCAAAAGAAUCCAAGAAUCCAACUAUACACACGAUUGGCGACGCCGAUGACGUCAGACAAAUGCUGACAGCGCUGAUCCGACACAAUCAGGAUUGCAUGCUCUACGAAGCUGUUUUUAAUUAUUUUGUCAUGGAUGAAGCAAACUGUGAUGUGAGAGUGUAUUUUAUGCACUACCCUUGUACAUAUAUUUAUGAGCUGACGCCUAGGUCGGAGUUGGACGGUUGAGAAGAUUGUCACCUUCUUAUUCAACACUUAAUCUGUAAGUGUUAACAUUGUAACUGUAUAAAAUGUCUCACUUCAUGUAGAUCCUAAUAACAAUCCGGAGAUUCAGCAGGACAUAUUCGCACGGCUCAGAGGUUAUGUUAGGACUCCCCUUAUCAUGUUGCAUAUGAUGUUAGAGCAGGUAUUCCGCUCAUUGUGUAUAUAUUAUUUAGGAGAUAAACCUACUGUUCUUUGGAAUUUGAUGUAGUCCCGCUGUAGAGUAGAUACCUCUUGUUAGCUGAAGUGCGGUGUUUCAAAUGUAUAAAUAAGAGGUAUCUACUCAACAGUGGGACAACAUCAAAUUUCACAACACAGUAGGUUUAUCUCCAUUCUACCAUGACGGCAACAGCGCUUUGAAAACGGUGCUCUCAUGCAACGCGUGGCUUGUUUUCAAAAAGAAGUUGACAAAUAACCUCCAAACUUAGUUCAAAGAUAGAUGUUUUAAUUUUAUCGCAACCUGCUGUGCACUGUUUGGACUCACCAAGUCAUUUCUUGGAAAUCAGCGAGGGACGUCACUUCUUGGAAAUCGAAUAUGCCAUUUCCAUUGUAGGUUUGAAAACAUUUCUCCAACAAACGUUAUGAAUUAACUUUUAUUUUAUUUUUAUUUAUUUUACAUGUGUAAAUAUUAUUAGUUAGUUUGCAAUUACCCCAAGUAAAUAUUUAAAAAGAUUCAAAAUAAAUGCCUCACCCCCCGAACUUGGAUGUGGCAGAACUUGACCUACACCACGGUUACUCACUCCUCACAAAAGUCAAUGGCUGACAAUGUUGAGUUUACAUUUUCCUUGCCUCAGACAAGUUACACGAAGCAAAAUGACAACCCCGAUCUAUGACGUGAUUCAACAUUAACCUGUAGAUUUACUUGGAGUUAACAUGCUGGUACAAUAUGAUUACCAAUGGAACUGAGUAUUACCAAAAAGCCGCUUAUAAGGCUCCAGACCAACGGGAUAUUUUGACCCGAGGAAUCUGCAUGAUUUGACCUGCCAAUUUCAAGAUUUCAACAUUCAAAGCGAGCGUGUGAAAGCAGUGAGAUACUUUUGGCCCACAAAUAGUGGGGAGUGUUCUGAAAUUAAUUUCAUCAAGUUUGAUAAGCUGUGAUUUGAGUGAUGUUGGGACAUUGUUUUCGAAGGGAGGAUUGUUUUCUGAUGGACUUUCAAAUCCCCUCCUGUCAAUUCCUUACCGUGGUGGUUGACAAUGAAUAUCGAUCACAAAAAGGUUUGUAAACAACAUGUUGUCAUGAAUAAAGUAUAUUUUAACCCAUAUAAUGUUAUUUUUUACUUUCGUUGUUGUUUCAA